UUAAGUCAAAAUAAUCAAAUGACAAAGUAAAUAUUUUCGAAACUAAACACUAGGAAAACACCAAAAAACACAGUCGUGUCAGCGGCUGUGGAAUGCAAACGCAUUCGGGAACGAGAGCUAACUUGACGUGUUGUCAAAAGUAUCAGUUGCUGCUAUGGAAGGACUUGAAAAUACAACUGGGGAGCCGGAUAGAAUUAGCUAUGAUAAUAUUCCUCACUGCCCUAAUGCCCCUGUUGGUUACCAUUGGCACAAAGGUGGCGAGGUCCAUGUUUCCAGCUGAAAUUGUACUGGAAAAAGCCCCCGGUCCGAAAAAUGUCAACACCACUUCUUUUAAUGAUUUGUACUUUACACCCGAAAAUGGCAUAGUUGAGCAAAUCAUUGCGGAUCUUGCUCCCAGGAUCAACUGCAAAAACUUCGUAGGUUACAGCAGUCUACGGGAGCUCCACUUGAAAAUGUUGCAAAACCAAAAAGCAGUCGGUAUUGCGUUCCCCUACGAAUGGUUUAGCAUUGUUAACUUUCCGGAUACGCUAAAUUUUACAAUAUACACACCCGCGCGUAUAAAAAGAAGUGACUUUAAGUAUUUCGCAUCUGGCUUUUUGUUGAUACAAGAUCAGCUGUCACAGGCAUUCAUUGGACUCAAGACUUCCGGCCUGAGGAACAAUACGAAGGUGCAGAUGAAUCACUUUCCCUACCCCAGAUACUUGCCAAGUCACUAUGCGGUAUCGACCAAAUUCAUGACGUACAUGAUGUUAGUAUCGUUUUUUUACCCCUGCAUAACGAUUUCCAAGAACAUCGUAGCUGAAAAGGAGCGCCUGCAAAAGGCUAUUUUGAACACCAUGGGUUUUAAGAACUCCAUUCAUUGGCUGGCCUGGUAUACGAAAUCCAUAGUACUUCUUAUGCUAUGCUUGUUGAUUGUAGUAAUUAUUUUAGCCAUCGGAUCGAUUUAUGAAUUCAGCAAUCUGAUUUGCCUGAUCAUUGUCCUUAUGGUGUACAUCCAUUCAGCCGUGCUCUUCGCCUUCUUUGUGAGUUCUUUUUGCUUCAAAAGUAUCUGGGCAGUUCUGGCCGCUCUUUUGCUAUAUUUUGCAACCGCCCUUCCUUUUGUAAUUGUGGGUACUCAAAAGUCGAGUCUGGCCUCUCAAGUAGCUGCCUCGUUGGGUCUGAACUCUGCCCUGUUGUACAUUUUGGACUCCGUAGCCACACUGGAGCUGCAGUCGGUGGGAAUCCAGUGGUAUACCAUGGCCAAAACAGCUUCUUAUGGCCAUAAGUUGAGUAUAGUGGCCUACAUGCUGAUAAUGUUCGCAGUUGGCUGGAUCGAACUGAUCAUCUGCCUGUACAUAGAGGGAGUGCGACCCGGCGAGUUGGGGGUUCCCCAGGCAUGGUACUAUCCAUGCCAGAAGCGGUACUGGUGUCCCCGCCGAUAUGUACCCUCCGUUUUCUACGAUGAACCCAUUCUGCCCAUGUCGUCCAAGAGUAAUAGCUUCUCCCUUACCACUCCACCGAAACCAAUGUUGAUGAAUCCUCAUGAUCGGGGUCAGACCCAGAUUUACAAGCCACCUAAAUUCCAACAAGUUAGCGUCGAGGUCAAAAACAUCUGCAAGACGUUCGGAUACCGCGAGGUUGUAAAGGAUGUAUCCUUCAACAUGUACGAGAAUGAGAUCACUGCCCUGCUGGGACACAAUGGGGCUGGGAAGACCACCAUCAUACUGAUGCUCUGCGGGAUGUUGCCACCCACUUACGGAACAGCCAUAAUCAAUGGCUUUGACAUUGUUGCAGAUCGCAGACAUGCAAAAACCAACUUGGGCAUCUGUCCGCAGCACAGUGUGCUCUUCAAGGGACUCAGUGUCAAGGAUCAUAUUUACUUUUUUAGUCGCGUGAAGGGCUAUCAAAAAACAGAGGCCAGGAUGGAGUCUGAAUUGUACAUCGGCAAACUCAACUUGGUGAACUACAGAAAGCGCGAGGCCCUCAAACUUUCGGGUGGUAAUCAGCGCAGAUUGUCCCUGGCCUGCGCCCUUUGCGGCGGUUCCAAGCUAAUAUUGUGUGAUGAGCCAUCUACGGGCUUGGAUCCCAGGGGUCGCCACGAUCUCUGGCGACUUUUGCAGAAGGAGAAGCGGGGUCGCACCGUCCUGAUGACCACCCAUCUGGUGGAGGAGGGUGAGAUCCUCGGCGACCGCAUCGGCAUCUUGACCGAAGGACGACUCCGGUGCUACGGCCCUCUCGGGUUCCUCAAGCAGACGCACAACACCAGCUACACACUCUCUUGCGAGAUGGCUCCCAAGGCCAAUGUGGAUAAGUUGACGGAGAUGGUAAAACGCUAUGUGAACACGGCCACCUUUGUAAUCCGUGGUUCGGAUGUCAACUACAAGCUGCCACGAAACAAGAUAGACAAAUUCGCGGACUUGUUCCGCCAUCUGGAGAACAAUAAGAAUACCCUCGAUAUCGUCAGUUAUGGCUUGAUGGACUCGGGUCUGGAGGAGGUAAUCUUAAAUCUGGACUCGAGCCCAGAGCCUCGCUUCAGGGGUGGAUCCGAUCAAGAUGAAGACGAAAAAGACAAAGUGGAUUCUGGAACCCAAACUAUGUAUUCGGCCCUAGCAAAAACAAGGGGAGCAGCACAGCCUCAGGCAGAGCUGCAGCUACAGCCGAUUAUAAAAAAGAAGGAGAAGAAACCGAGAAAGAAACAGGAACCGGAAAGGAGACCUGAGCCGGAAGAGACCAGGCGGCCGCCAGAAGUGAAGCCGAAACAAUACGAAAGAAUUAGGCUAAUGGUCAGAAGGAAAGCGACCUGCAUGAGCCGAUGGCGCGCCAUGAUGAUCAAGAAGGUCCAUUAUACAGCCGCCCACGUUCCCUUGUUGUUCAUAAUUAUGAUCAUACCAAUCUUAUAUUUUUUCCUAGUCCUAGUAACCGGAGGUUUGGAAAAGGACAACCAAAAGGCAAUAAUACCCACUGUGUUUCCAUUGACACUGGACUACUACAACUAUGAUGAUAUGAUCAUCUUACUCGAUGUGGGCAAGGGUUUAAAUGAAGACAAAUCCGAAGCCUACAAGGAUUCGGUCGGAGAAGCUGCAACCGUUCAAAAGGUUCCUUCAGUCUUUUCAUACCUUUUCGAAGCCCGGCCAAUAGUUCGCCGCGACAUCAAGCGAAGAUUCGUGUGCGGUGCUUCCUUUAAUGACUCCUCGGUGGUCACAGCAUGGUUUAAUAGCGAUGCCUUCGAACACUCGGCGCCCAUAGCCUUGAAUCUGGUCUAUAUUGCCCUGGGAAAGGCGGCAAUUGGAAGCGAUUUCAACAUCUAUGUGAGCAGAGGUCAAAUCGAAGAUUUCGUCGUGAAGGACAAGGCAAAAGAUAGGUCAAGGGUAAGGCAUAGGACUAAACGACAGGAUAUUGAUUAUGCGGAUUAUCCCGACACCGAAAUUCAAGAAAGUGACGAUUAUAUCCUAGAAGAAAAGCCACCGGUCUCUCCGUCUGAAACUAGUUACGAGAGGCCGCCUCCCAAGCCUCAUUUAACAUCCCAUAUGCCUACUGCAGAGUCAGCAUUAGUAUUACUCAACGAAAAGGACAACUUGUAUCUAUUCUUUGGAGCUGUUGUUAUAAUAACUGCGUAUCUUGCUUUAGCCCUAAGCAUUUUCGGCGUGUUUGUGACGGAGGAACGGGUGAAUCAAAUAAAAUGGCAACAUGAAAUACAAGGAAUUUCUCACACAUUCUAUUGGUUGUCCCAUUUGGCUUGGGAUUUUCUAAUUUUUACCGCCUUUAUGCUGGCCCUUACCCUGGCUCUAUAUAAAGCUACAAUCUGGUACCAAGUCCUGAUCAUCCUUCUACUUAUUGGCUUCGCCUGCUUGCCCUUCGUUUACGUAUGUAGUUUGAUGUUCAGAAGGGCAGCUACUGCGUUGCCAAUAACUUUUACGAUUUUAGUUAUAACGGGUGGUAUACUAUUUUCCGCUCUCUACCUAGCGGGAUCAAUUUUUGGUAACAGCUUAAGGACUCUUUUUGGUAUUUUUCCAAUGUUCGUCGGUGCCUUUGGCCUAUUCAAAUGUCUUUCAUGGAGUGAAUAUUGCGAACGCGAAAUAAUUCCUAGCAUUAAUGAUCUUGAAUGCAAUUUUGGAUGCCGAAAUGUAUUCUGCGCUUGCAAACCUGAAAACAAUUGGAUAGAGGUUUGGUUACUGCUAAUCCAUGGCUUUUUCUGGGUUUUCUUUCUGUGGAUUUCGCCCUAUGCACGCGAUAUCAUCCACAUUUUUACAUCCAGCAAAUCAAACAGAAAUUGGAAUUAUUUCGACAAAGACAACAGGGUGCUCGACGAGGAAAGAAGAGUGGCUCUGAUACCGAACUACGAACAGGAGGAAUACCCCCUAAUUGUUGACCAGGUUAAAAAGAACUACUGCCGCACCAAAGCCGUCAGAUUGGUCUCAUUCGCCAUCAAACCCGGUGAGUGUUUCGGCCUUUUGGGAGCCAGUGGAGCGGGAAAGACGUCUAUUUUCCGUAUGAUCGUGGCCGAAUCCAGGAUGUCUGCUGGUAAUAUCUACGUGAAGGGCAACAGCCUGCGUGAAAACAGAAAUGUGGCCAAGAAGGAAAUCGGCUACUGUCCUCAGUUCGAUCAUCUUCACGGCUUUCUCACUGGACGUCAAACCCUUAAGAUCUAUUGCCUGCUAAUGGGCGUGCCGAAAUAUGAUAUCAAGCUGGUGAUAGAGCAGCUGGCCUACGACUUUGGUUUCUUAAACCAACUGGACCAGAAAGUCCAUACGUACAGUGGCGGGACCAGGAGAAAACUGAGUCUAGCCCUAGCUCUCAACGGCGGAUCGGUGGUUGUUAUGGAUGAGCCCAAUAAUGGCGUCGAUCCCUCGACCCGAAACUAUUUGUCCCACAAGAUUGAGAGCGCGUGCAAGGGCGGCAGAGCCGUUCUUCUGACCACCACCAGCCUCGAUGAAGUGAAUGCCAUGUGCUCGAGGGUCGGGUUCUUGGUAGCCGGCGAGAUGAGCUGCAUCGGGUCGUUACAAUCGGUGCGAUCAGAGGUCUCCAAUGUCAAUGUGCUGAAGGUUAAACUCAAGUCAAAGCCGGAAGAACAAAAGAAAGACAUAAAAAAAUUCAAGGCUGAUAUGUUGAGGCUCUUUCCAAUGGCAAAGUUGCAGGAAACACUGGACAGAUAUCUUAAAUAUCACGUCUACAAGAACUCUGCCACAUUGUCCAACCUGUUUUACCAAAUGGAGAUGAAACGGAACGAAGGAAAGUUGGAGGACUACUCCAUAUCUCAGGCCUCCCUGGAAGACAUUUUAAUGGAACUAAACGACAUAGACUCUGUGGUGCUCAUAGACUCGGACUCUUCUGAAGAUUCUGACGAGAAUAAGGAAACAAAUACAGUCAGCGAAAAGACAAGUCAAAAGGCUAUCGUAAAGGAGAGAAAUAAAGCUAAAGAAGAGGCAAAAAACAAAGAAAAGGAAGAAAAGAAAAGAAAAAAGGAAGAAAGCAAAAACAAGGGAAAUAAAAAAAGUGAUAAAACAGUGAAAAAAAGACCACCAACUUCCUCAGAAAGUACUGAUAGUGAUGAAUUUGUGCCAGAGAAAAGUAAAAAGUCAGGGUGGUGGAAAUGAAAUUAAGAAAUAAAAACCAACCACUGAGGAUUUCCCUUUAAACAAAGGGUCUGGAAGCGAGGCAGUCGACCGUAUUUGUAUUCAUUAAGGAAUUUCCGCAAGUUUUCCUGCGUUUCUUUUUCCUCAUCCUUUUGGUCCUGCACUUUGACUUUUUGGUGAGCCUGGCUGCGUUCCGAGGGCAACGGUUGAUUAAAAUGUCAAAUGCCUUGCAUAUUUUAAAUGCCUUCGUGUCAACCCCAGAGGAAAAUUCAUCCCAAAAUUGUGGCUCAAGUUGAGAGCCACCAAGGACCCCGCAACGGGGCAAUUAAGGAUGAGAAGGCCUCGGCGCAACCCAAGGACGAGUCCCACAUUAUAGGUAUUGCGCAUGUUUAGAUGUCAGGUGUUAAGAAAUAGUUUGUACUAACAUUUAGUUUUUAAAUUCGUAGAGAUCUUUAUGCAGUACUUUAAAUUGACAUUUUUGAAACUGGGAAAUUAUCUUUGGGAAUUGCCUAAAUAAUACCAAUUUACCCUUUCUUGUUUUAUACCAUUAUAUUAAAGAUUCCAUCAGCUUAUGUGGAGAAGCCUAGGGUUAUUACCUGAAACGAGAAGAGAGAACAUGGAAAAUAUAUCAAAUUAGUUGCAUUGAAGCGGUGCACAGUGAAAUAGUUCAGGCUAAACAACAAACUUAAAUUAAAGUCCAACUUUUGGCGAGUCGCUUGAAAAAUGCCAACGGAAAGUCGAAAGUUGCCGCUUAUCAAGUGCUGGGCAAGUUAGCGUUUGCCGGAGCGAAAAACAAAUUGUUGCUGGUCUGCGACCAAUGGUGCUUAAGAUAAAGCUCGCCAGCCAGCGACAACGAUGGCAAAUACUAAUUUUACAAGGAAACGCGGAAACGGAAAAUGCCCAACUACGCAAGGCAAAGUAGCACGAGUAUGCUCGCAAAACUUUCUCCAAGACAAAAUGAAAGCGGGGAUAACAACAACAACAACAAAACGAAAAAAAGGAAAAUGGUUGAGAAAAAACAACAAAAGCGAAAGCUAAAAUUAGUCAAGCGCAAAAUCAAGGCGCUGACUCUUCGGUGCGGCGUAAUGUUGAUAUAUUAACUUGUUACCAUCGCUCUGGACGGCAAGGAAUGAGGACGUUUUGAAGUAAAGAAUUAAUUGCAGUUAACCGAGGGGAACAAAGGAAUUGUUAAAGUACGAGAUCCUAAAGCUUAAGGCGGAACAAGAAAGCAAGACUUUGUUGAAUCUGGUUAAAUAUAAAAAAGUAGAAUAUUUUAAUUAAAUAUGGUAACAUAAAUGGGCUUAUCACACACGUGAUCCUAAAUCUUUUAACCAGAAUUAAAUAAGUAGCUAUCCAUUCCUUUCUUUA